AAUGUGUGUCUGCUGGGCCGCUAGACGCUUACGGUGACUCCGCUCCCUCACGGUCUUGCUUGGUCUCGCUCUUCGAGUGUUUUCUCUGUGGUCCAUUCACUUUCCUGUGUUCCAUUCCGCGGACGCUCUCUCGUGUCAUCCCUCGAUAGUUUCUGGAAGGAGCUGUGAAAAGGGCUUUCCAUUCGUGGGGAUCAAAUAGUUUCCCAGGGGUUUAGCCAGUGCCGUCCGGUGCUAAUUCAUGCAUAGCUUUCAAAGCUUCCUGGUAUUUUAAAGAGCACUUUUAGGUUUCAUCUUCUGCACAGAUUCUUUUUGAGUUCGUGCAGCAUACUCAACCCGUUUUGGGAUGUCUUAUCAUCUUCGUAGCAGGUGCCAUAGUCUCAAUGGGUGUUGUGAACUUAAAUUUCCUAGUCCAAAGCCUCAAAAAAAAAGGCAACGUGCAAAAAGCAAUCAUUGGUGAGAGCCACGGUUUCUGUCUGUCGCUUGAUCAGGGUGCGGUCAGAUCAGAAGACAGCACAACAGAUUCUGAUGUGUCUCACUCAGUGGAUCGACUGACAGCUCUCGCAAAGGAGACAGUUGCUAGAGUUGAUCGCAUCACUGCAGAAUCCUCUGCAUCACUUAGCCAACCUGGCCCCAUCCAAACUGUCAAAAGAGUAGUCUUAGUUAGUAAAGAGGAAGAAGAGGAUUAUGCCAGUAUAUCUAACACACAUAGGCUUUCUGGGCAACAUGGAGCAAAACCAAUUUCAAUUCUGAAAAGAAAAUCUUCUCAAGAUGAAGGCUGUGUCACUCCCCCAGUUACAUCUUCCCCAUCUGCGCCUGAUCAGGUUUCUCGAAAGAAUGGUAUUCUCAAGAAGUCUGGAGGAAGUUUGGAUGAAUCUCAUUUACGGAGAAGCUGCUCACCUGAUGUAGAAGCAUCUGGCUCAAUUUUGAAGAAUGGAAGAAGCAGAAGAUCAUCUCUUGAAGAAAGUACAAAUAAACAAUCAAUUUUAAAAAAGAAAGAUGGAGAUGGACCUCAUGGUAUUCUUAAAAAGAAGAAUUCUAUUGAUAAUGGGUCUGAAUUUAAGCAUAUGUCCCCUCAUGCUGCUAAUGGAGAGAAGACUUUGCAGCAAGAUGAUGAGGUGAAACCGAUUUUGAAGAAAAGAAGCAGUGAAGACUACCCCAUUGCCGAACCAUCCUCUUCCUCAGAUACUCCCCCAAGACCAAUCCUGAAGAAAAAGUCCAGCACUGAUACUGAUGAAAUGGAUGAAUGGCCUAAAAGGACAAUUUUGAAGACCUCACACAGAAAAUCUAGAGAUGAAGAUGAUGAAAUUUCUGAGAUCUUCAGAAGGAGAUCUGUGGGUUCACCCCCGUUAAUGGAAGCAACAGGCCAGACACUUGCAUUUUGUGAUAACAUAGAACAAAGCUCAGAUUCAGAAGAUGAACUCCAACCAAGAGCUUCUAAUUCAUUCUCUUCUGUAAGACCAACUAGUCCUUCUGGCCCUCAUAGCGAUUUCAGUUCAGCUUGGAGAAGAUGGGACUGCAACUCAAGCCAUGGUCCGCAAGAGAACCGACCGGGCAGCCCUCCUCCUGUAUCGGAUGGGAUGACAAACAUUGAGGGUGAUUUCCACUCGCUGGGUGCUAUUCCGAAACAACCACAGUUGAGAAGUGCACGGAUUAGCCCUCAACCAUCGUUCUCUACCAGCAACAGGUCAGUCGCCUGUUUGGUACAGAAUAUUGGUAACUGUUCAACAUCACCUCCACCUCGUUCACCGCCACCUUCACCAUUGCCUUCACCACCAGUGUCAUCGCCUGAGUCACCUCUUUCAACACCACCUCUUUCUCCACAAAAUUGUCUCCCAAGGCCUAGCUCUCUUGUGCUGUCUCCUGAGUCCAUAUCAAUUGAAGAAAGUUGCACUGCCUUUCAGAACCACAUUCCAUCACCUGUUGGGCCAGAUGACUCUUGGGAGGCAAGAAGACAUUCCACGUUUCUUGGUGCAACAAGCUGCUAUCUGAGGUCGGACCAGUUAGGAGACAAUUGGAUUUUGAGGAAUCGUAGUCCCUCUCCUGUGCUUCAGACGGAUGACCGAAAUUCAAGUGGUCUCACCACAUCCUAUUCUGGGCAGCAAGAACAGUUGGCUACAGAUUUAGCAAAUGAAAGUGGUUUUGGUGAAUCGAGCGGCAGUGAUUUCAUAGCUUCACUCGACAGGUCCUCUGGACCCUUAGUUUCUCCUGUUGACCAAGCCGGCAGUAGUGGAAAUACCAACACAGUUUCUUUAGAUAAAGGUGAAGAUGUGCAUGAAGAUUCUCAAGUAAGGGAGCAAGACAUUCAUCAAACAGAACUUGUUGAGAGCGAGAUGGAAUCGGAAGAAGAGAACCGAGGGCUGCAAAGAUCAGCUAGCAAGGUGUCAGAAAAAGCUCUCUUGUUUUCUCAAAUGGAGGAGAAGAUGAAACAAUCUGCUGAGGAGGCUCGUGCUAAAAGACUUCCCAAAGCUGAUUUAAACUCCGGAAUUGCAAGGUAUAGGAAUCGAAAGGCUGAAAGGGCUGCAGAACCAAAUAGAUUUUCAACCCAGCCAAUCACUGUAAAUGAGCUCAAAGGUGUUAAGCCUAGCCCUAAUGUCACCACCAGUGCCAGUGAAACAAGUCUUGCUCAACCAGGAAUCAAAGCUGCAAGAAAACGAGAACGAUGUGGAAGUAUUACUGACUACAUUAAGUUCUUUGAUACCAUGUGCUUUUCAAAAGAAGUGAGCCUAUCAAAGCCAAAUAGAAGUCAAUCAGUUUGCUUUUCUAAUGAAGUGAUUAAAGAUAAGCUAAAUACGAGCCCUAGAUUUAGAAGAGGUCUACAUUUUACCACUCAGCCUAUCUCUGUUGCUGAUGUUUUAGCAGCUAAGGCCUUCAUAAAGGAAUCAGGAAUAAAUGAAAUAGACAUUAAUGAAGAUGAAAAUGAUCCCUCAAAGCUCAGCCUAGCAGAGCGUGUCAAACUUUUCAACCAAGCAAUGACUGCUGAUCGCCUUCCUGUCAUGGGUGCUCCUGCCCAAUCCCAAAGCAAUAGAAGGAGAGCACCUGCCUCACGCUUCAAAACUCAACCAGUCACUAUUGAAGAAGUUUCAACCGCUCAGAAAAUCAUCAAGCAGCCUCCUGAGGAAUUGAUAGGCAUUUCUUCAACCAAGGCGGCCAAGGAGCUAUUUGAAGAUGCUGCCAAAAACCUCAGCAAGUCAGUUUCUUCUAGCCGCUUGGUCAAUACUUCUAGGAGGGAUUCUCAUUCUGAAUCUCCAAAGAGAGGCAUUUUGAAGAAUACUUCUUCUUCUCUGAAAGAAAAGCAUGAUAGCAGUGACACUGAUAAUGAUCGUGUAAGCUCUGAACAAGCAAACCAGGUACCUGGUCCCUCUAAACCAAGUGCAUCUGUACAAUGUGAAUCUGGCCUUGAUCACAUAAAAAAAGUAUUAAGUGUGGAAAGAGUAAGGCACAAUAAUCCCAGUCUAAAGACACACAACGUACCAAAAUCUGAUCUCAGGAGAGCCUCAUUUGAAUCUCCAAGUCAUAGCAGCAGUGAAAGCGACUCAGAAUGCAGCAGUGAUUCAGAAGAUGAGGAGAAUCGAGGUUCUAUUCCCAGUCAAGAAUUUUCAUCCAAAUCUCAGAAGGAGCCUCAGGAUAAACAGCCUAGUUCAACUGUUAGCAAGCGGCCUGCACAAUCAGAAAACAGUGACAAGGUACGCAACAUGAAAAAAAACUCCCAAGAGAAAGAAAACCUAGGAGGGAAAACCAUUUCUGGAAAGCAUCUCAAGUUAAAAGGCAUCACCAUCCAACCUCAAGAAGCUAAGAAACUUGUCCUUAAAAAGCUAGAAGUAUUGAACAAACCAAAUGUCGUUACGACUCAGAAUAUUUCUGAAAGCAAAGAAGCCCCCAACUGCUCGCCAAAUGCAUUGUCUGAUGAUGGUGACACAUCUUCUGGUGGGCAGGAGGUGCGGAGAAUCAUCUCCAACGAUGCUGUGGCGCGGAGGCAUCAGGCAAACUUGGCUCGACAGCAAGCCAAGAAGGAGAGGGAAGACGAGCGGAAGGAGCAAGAGCGACCAAGGCCGGGCCGUCUGGAUGCUGGGCUGACGCAGCGACUGGGCCUGCAGCUGCAGCUGCGCUUGCCCGGACAGGCGCCGCCGGUGCCGCUGUCCAAGAGCCGCAGCCAGCACGCGGCGCUGCCACAGGACUCUGACGAGGACGCCGACGACGAGGCCGCGAUGGCUGUGCAGGCCGGUGCCGUGGCCGGGGGCCUGCGUCGUUGCCUGACGCAGCCGAUGCCCGUCGCGGACCAGGACGUGUCGGGCGUGUCGGCCAACGCGUCCAUCGCGGAGCGCCUCAAGCUGCUGCAGCAGAACGGGCAGACGGGCUGGAGGAAGCGCGUCGUCAAGCCCAGCACCGCGGAGGACGUCUCCAAGAGCAUCAGCGACUCUCAACAAAUUUUGAAGCAGCUCGUCUCUGGAAACCGCAACAGUAUGGUUGCCGCUGAGUCUCCCACCGAAGUGAUUUCAUUGCAGCGAUCAGGAAGUGGAGACCGCAGCAGCAUUUUAGCGGACAGGCUAGGCAAACUUGAAAAUGCAUCUCAGGAUUGGCGUAAACGAAUUGGUCAAAAAGAUGCCGACCAGUUCUCAGUUAAAGGUAAAAUGAGGGCCUCAUCUCUCUCUGAUGCACCAAGUGUAAAGGCUACUCCACCUUCAACGCCAUCCACUCCUCUUUCUCCCACUCCAGAUCUGAUACCUGGAUCGGAACGAAAGCGAAAUGUUCCUAAGCCCAUGCGCUUCUGCAGCAAAACUGGUGUUAGAGCUCACACAUUCAAACGCAGUAUGUCUGCUCCUAAUGCUGAAGAGGAUUCAGGUAAUCAAAAUACCUCUCCUUCUGAACAAGAAACUUCAGAUGCAAGCGAACAACAGAACCCAACACCUCAAAUUAGAAACCAAGUUCAAGGUCCACGAAUUGAACUUCCACGUCUUGACGAGCAAUUUGAUAGCUUCUUCAGUACAUCAAUAAAUGUUGGUAACCAAACCAUUGAAAUCAAUGAUAUUGAUCUUGAUAGUGCUGUGACCCGCUCAAGUGAAUUGCUUGUUCAAAAACGAACUGUUAAAGUGUCUGGUCGCAGGGUUGCUUCACGCAAUCCAAUUAAAGCUCUCUCAGCACGCACAGAUCUGUGUACAGAAUAUGUGGAUGUCCGCACUGGAGCUGCUGAAAGGGAAAUGAAACGCCUCUGUGCAGAAAAAUUGGCAAAAAAUUCUUCUUUAGCUGUGGAAGCACUGGCAGGACUUGCGAGCAAGGAAGAUUUUUCCGCAGUUUCUCUCAGGAAGUCAUCAUCCACUAGUGCAGUACACAAUGGCACAACCCUCCUUCCUUACAAGGAAAUAAUGUUGCUUCAAAUUAAGGGGAGGAGACACAUUCAAACUCGUCUUGUGGAACCCAUUGCCAGCAGUAUAAAUAGUGGGGAUAACUUUGUUCUAGUCACUCCCAGUCAGGUGUUUAAUUGGAUUGGUAAAUAUUCCAAUGUGAUUGAGAGAGCUAGAGGUGCUGAAAUCGCUCUUCAUAUUCAGCAAAACAAAGAUCUGGGUUUCAGCGGAGCAUCUCCUGUAAUUACCAUCAGUGAAGAAAAGACAACUUGCAGUAGUAGUCAGAUUGCAACAUUCUGGAGAUUGCUUGGUUCAUUGGAUGGCCCCAAAUCUCUGGAGGCUGGUCAUCCAGAUGAAGAUGAAUUAUAUGAAACUGCUAUACUUGAGACAAAUAUGAUUUACGAACUGAAAGAUGCAGAAUUGGUUCCAUCUGAAAAUUAUUGGGGCUGUAUACCUCGCAUCGAAAUGUUGGAUCCCUCCAAGAUAUUGGUGUUUGAUUUCGGCAGUGAGAUGUAUGUUUGGAAUGGAAAAAAUGCACCCCUUGACCUGCGGAAAACUGCUCUGCAAUUAUCAAAAGAGCUUUGGGAGCAAGGUUAUGAUUACUCUGAUUGUGAUAUUUGCCCAUUACUAAGUGCUACUUCCCUUGGUCCACAGUUUGGACUUAAAGGAGAAGUUGGUAUUAAAUCUGCCAAAAGAAGACCACUGUGGGCUCUCAUUGCAAAAAUCACUCAGCAUAUGGAAACUAUUCUGUUCCGUGAAAAGUUCCUAGAUUGGCCUGACUUUACCAGAGUCAUUCAAGCAAAAGAUAGUUCAGUCAAGGAUAAAGUAGUAGAUGCAAGUGUCUAUGUAGAGCCAUGCAAUGCCAAGGAUAUGCUUGAUUCAGAACCAGAAGAUCCAGAUUUACUAUUGGAAGGGUUCCAUCUCGGACGAGGAAAUGAAUUUUAUGAUGAGGAAACCAGACGUUUUUACGAAAUCCAGACAACAGGUGUCAAAGUGUGGCAUAUCCAGGAAUAUGAGUACUCUGAACUUCCGGAAAGAUCAUUCGGACAGUUUCACUCAGGUGAUAAUUAUGUCGUGCGCUGGGCAUACAGAGUGACAGUCACAACCAGAGCGCUCAAUGGGCAGCCCUCCAAGCAUGCGGCAUCGCAGGGCCGGGACCGCUUCUGCUAUUUCUGCUGGCAAGGCCGGAAAGCACUUCUCAAUGAUAAAGGUGCUGCUGCUCUGUUGACUGUUGAGCUUGAUAAGGAGCAGGGGCCACAAAUUUUUGUUACUCAAGGAUUGGAACCACCUGCAUUCCUUGGCCUGUUUAAUGGAAAAAUGACCAUUCAUUCUGGUAGAAGGGGAGAUCAACAUAGUCAAAAAGGAACAUACCGCCUGUUUGCUAUUAGGGGGGAGCUUGAAAGGGAGGCUAGCCUGGUGGAAGUGACCCCAAGCAUGCGCCAGCUUCGAAGUCGCGGAUGUUUUCUACUCUUGAAUGAAAAGAGCAAGAUUCUUCACAUUUGGUGUGGUGCUAGAGCUCUCCCACACAAUCGAAAUAUUGCGAAAACACUUGCCCUAAAAAUACAGAAAGAAAUGUCUGAAGAGUUUGGCCUACCCUCUGCCUUGGAAAUUCAGGAUGAAGAAGAAGGAUCUGAAUCCCAGGAAUUUUUGAAGGGCUUUGGGGGUAGCAAUAGGCAUUUGUAUGUUUCUUUGCCAAGUGCUAAGGAUGGCAAUUCUCAAUAUUCCCCUCGUCUGUUCCAUCUCACUAGUCUAUCGGGAACUUUCACUGCCACUGAAGUAGCAGGUCCAUGCCGCAACAGUAAACUCACAGUUCCUUUCCCAUUCCAACAAAGCCACUUGUAUGGAGCAAGUCAACCUGCUGUGUUUAUUCUUGACAAUGGUGACUCGCUUUGGUUGUGGCAAGGAUGGUGGCUCAGUGAGCGUGAUGAGGAAGAUGGCAAUGCUGUUUCUGGUGGAGAAGGACUUGGUUCUGGUGCCGUGCGCUGGCAGGCUGAACGCCGAGCAGCUAUGCAGACUGCCCUGGACUAUUGGGCUCUUCGGCACCCAGGUCAACCUCCUCAAGCCUUCCUGGUUUGGGCUGGGCUGGAACCUUUCGAAUUCACAAAUCUCUUUUUAGAGUGGACAGAUCGUGAUGACAUUGCAGAAAUCAACAUUCAGGAUGGUCACAAGGCCGGAGAAAUUCUGUCAGUGGAGUCAGAACUGGCGAAACUCACCCAGUCUACUUACCCAGCUGCCCAACUUCUGCAAAGACCUUUACCAGAUGGUGUUGACCCAACAAGAUUGGAGUUGUAUCUUGCACCUCAACAUUUCCAGGAAAUGCUUGGAAUGUCCAAAGAAGAUUUCAUGGAAUUACCUCAGUGGAAGCAAACAAAAUUGAAGAAGGAUGCUGGUUUAUUUUAAUAAAGUUAUGUAUUGUACACAAAUUAAAUUUUCUUUGUGAUUUGAGUGCUGUACUAAAACCUGUAAUUUACUAAAUUUUAGUGUGGAAUUCUAGGAAAAAAUGUAGUAUUACAGUUAUUUUUAAAUUGUUCAUCAUUAUUUGUCAUUGUUUUUAUCUAGUUUGACUUCUACUUUCAUUUUUCUUCUAUUGAAAAAAAAAUGUGCUGACUACUAGUCUGAAAUCAAGCGAAAUGCUUGAGGGUCACUUAUUACAUUUCACAAUUACUUAAUUCUAUUUAAUGUACCAAUACUGUCUACUUUUCUACCCUUCAACAUGAUGUGAUUUGAUUAGUUAGUGAAUUAGUUUCUUAUUAAGCCUGUGCCUGUGCAUGUAUUUACAGUCAGUAUUUUCACUGACUUUAGAAGUUAAUCCCAGAGAUUUCCUGAUUCUAUAGUUACCAGUGUCUUGAAAUGCCCCACUGUAAUUCUCUGCAGGACAGAUGGUCACUUUCUUUGAAAGAAAAAAAUUUAAAAUGUUGCCAAAUGAGGUCCUGUGGAACUAUUUGUCUUACUUUACAUCACUCCUCACCAAUACUAUGGUGAUUUGAUUUGUUUAUAAUAAUCCCUUUCAUGAAGUAGUGAGUGUGGCUGCUGCUUUUAAGCAGGUGUACUAUCUGUGAUGAUAGAUGAAUGAGAAGAGUAUGCACAAAUGUUACUUGUAUUUUUAAACCCCUACUAUGUACAUUAAGUUUUUUUUUUUCUUUAAUGAUCGAAAUGGUGUGCCUUGUUGUUUUUUCCUGAAUGCGUGAAUGAGCAAGUGAGUGAAAAAUAGAUAGAAAUAUAUUUCAUUUUUUCUUCUCUUGAUUUCAGUCUACGUCUAGGGACAAGACUGAAUCUGUGCCUUGGUUGUCAAUGCUUGUAUUCUAGUCAUCUGGUAUUAGAAGUGGUGAAUUUAGAAGGUGUGACUUUGCACUCUUCUUCCUUACAUUACAAAAUGUGUAUAGCUCGUAAAUAGAAAAAGCACAUCAAAAUAAUUUGUGAUUUUAUGCAUUUUUUUUUCUAUCAAUCUGAAAUUCUGUUUUUAGCUGUUCUAACGUGUGUUAUAUAUAUUAGCCUCCAUUCAAAUGAAUGUUCUCAAUUACUUCUGAUCAAUUCAAAUAGAUGUUCUCAAUUACUUCUGAUCAAUUCAAAUAGAUGUUCUCAAUUACUUUUGAUCAAUUUUAGUCUGGAAGAAUAAUUUGUGUCGUUAAUAAAAUGAAAGCAGUAACUCAUGACGAA